AAGACAAUAUUACAGAUACAAAAUACACUUCUGCUUACAUUCCAAACUAACUGGAAUGAAUACCAAUCUAAAUACAAAAACGUCAUCAAAACAGUCAAUGGGAAAAGUGAGCAGUGAAAGCAGCAAUGUGGCGGCUGUAACAACAGACGAGCAUGGAUACAAAGUGGAAAUGCCUCGCGAGUUAUCUCUCUGGUCAGCAAUCGGAUUAGGACUGGCAAUUAUGGCAUGUCCUUAUGGAUUAAGUACAACAAUCAGCAUUGCCCUCCAAAACGGUGGUCCUGCUAGCAUACUCUGGGGAUGGGUUUUUAUAAGUCUCAUGAGCAUAUGUAUUGCACUCUCGCUCGCUGAAAUAUGUUCUAGGUUUCCAACGUCAGGCGGACCGUAUUACUUUUCAUACAUGCUGGCGUCACCACGGUACAAGAAAAUAUCUAGUUACGUAGUCGGCUGGUUAGGCAUGAUCGGUAACUGGACAGUCGCAUUGUCAAUUAUAUAUGGUACAGCUCAGCUUAUCAUCGCGAUAGUGCCACUCUGGAAUGAAAAUUUUGAGCCGCGCGCUUACCAGACUUAUUUGAUCUUCCUAGGUGUACUCUCCUUAUGUUUUGCUGCAAAUUUCCUUCGCCAAAAACACCUGGAUGCGCUCAACACAUUCUCUAUAUACUGGACGGGUGCGUCUGUCAUAGUUAUUCUUGUUACUGUCCUAAGCAUGGCUCGCAAUGGACGCACAAGCGCGGCUUUUGUAUUUGCAUCAUUUGAAGAGAACUCCGGCUGGAGACCUGGCUGGGCAUGGUUCGUGGGUUUGCUUCAAUCAGCGUAUGUUCUCACCGGAUACGGGAUGGUGGCUGCUAUGGCAGAUGAAGUUUCCCAUCCUGAGCUUUCAGUACCCCGGGGAAUGGUAGGCUCGGUCAUUGCGGCCGCGGUGAUUGGUCUACUCUAUUUGAUUCCGCUACUGUUCGUAAUGACAGACAUACCCUCUCUCCUCGCCGCUGACCAACCAAUUCCUAUCUUGUUCCAGCAAGCUGCGGGUACAUCCGGUGCUACAGGGCUGAUGUUCCUUAUCAUCACAAUCGGAGUCCUAGGUGGAGUAGGCAGCUUAACAACGUCGUCACGUUGUUGCUACUCAUUUGCGAGAGACAAUGGUGUCAUUGGAUCAAAAUUCUGGAAGGAAAUUUGGCACAGUUACUUACCCUUGAACGCCCUCAUUUUGACAGUUGUAGUUAUCGCACUACUCGGAUUGAUCAGCUUUGAAAGCGCAGCUUUUAGUGCGUUUACCGGCGUCGCUACUAUAACUUUAGGAAGUAGUUACGCGGGACCCAUAAUGAUAUCUCUCUUACGUAGAAGAAAACCACUGGAGGGUGCUGUGUUUAUGAUGCCAAGCUGGCUCGGUUUUAUCGUCAAUACAGUUUCUUGCUGUUGGAUAUUACUCAGCAUUGUGAUAUUCUCAAUGCCAACUGCGCUAGAUGGUCUAAACGCCGACAGUAUGAAUUACGCGAGCGUAGUAUUUAUAGGAUUCGCAGUCAUUGCAUUCCUCUAUUACGUUAUACAUGCGAAAAAUACAUUCAAUGGACCACCAGCAAGUAAUUAUGAGGAAAAUGCGCAAGAAAUUGAUAUGGAUCAUAAAUUAUAAAAAGGAAAUAUACCAAUGUCAUCAUAUCAUUAAUGUUCUAAUAUUAGUUAUUUCUAUUUAAAGACGUGAUUGAGCUUUGUCUUGGACCUGAGGAAGCUUUAAGAAUGACUGGCGCAGUCCUCUACUUCUUCCUUACAAGUCGUCUAAGUAAAUAAACUAUCACAAUGGGUCUUUUCGAUAUUUUCAAGAACAAGCAUGAAUCCGCACACCAAGAUGUAUAUGGUGGUAAAAAGCACGAAUCACACUUGUCACACGAGUUGAUCGGUGGUGCUGCUGCUUUCGAAGCUGUAC